CGCAGUCCCGCCCCUGCAGAGAGCGGCGCUGGGACGGAACCCGGGCUCUUCUCACCAGGAAUGUAAGGCCUUGGCCCGGCCGCGCGCUGCCCCUGCCCUGCUCUUUCCCUGGGCCCGCGGCCGCUGCGGCCGCCCCACAGCUCGCCCUCGGAGGAGCCAGGGCGGCCGUGCCCUUCUGCCGCGUGCCCGCGUGGCUGCCUCCGCCCCUCCGAAUCCUCCGGGGCCGCAGAGGAGUUCGCUACGGAGGGAGGCGGGGGCCUUCGGGAGGAGGAGGCGGAGGAGGCGGAGGAGGAGGGAAGGAAGAUGGCGGCCGUGGAACUAGAGUGGAUCCCAGAGACUCUCUAUAACACCGCCAUCUCCGCUGUCGUGGACAACUACAUCCGCUCCCGCCGAGACAUCCGCUCCUUGCCCGAGAACAUCCAGUUCGAUGUUUACUACAAGCUUUACCAACAGGGACGCCUAUGUCAACUGGGCAGUGAAUUUUGUGAAUUGGAAGUUUUUGCUAAAGUAUUGAGAGCUUUGGAUAAAAGACAUUUGCUUCAUCAUUGUUUCCAGGCUUUGAUGGAUCAUGGUGUAAAAGUUGCUUCAGUUUUGGCCUACUCCUUUAGUAGACGGUGCUCUUAUAUAGCAGAAUCAGAUGCUGCAGUAAAGGAAAAAGCCAUUCAGGUUGGCUUUGUUUUAGGUGGCUUUCUUUCAGAUGCAGGCUGGUACAGUGAUGCUGAGAAAGUUUUUCUGUCCUGCCUUCAGUUGUGUACUCUACAUGAUGAGAUGCUUCAUUGGUUUCGUGCAGUAGAAUGUUGUGUGAGGUUGCUUCAUGUGCGAAAUGGAAACUGCAAAUAUCAUUUGGGUGAAGAAACAUUUAAGUUAGCUCAGACCUACAUGGAUAAACUCUCAAAACAUGGCCAGCAAGCAAACAAAGCUGCACUCUAUGGAGAACUGUGUGCACUCCUGUUUGCGAAAAGCCACUAUGAUGAGGCAUACAAAUGGUGCAUUGAGGCAAUGAAAGAAAUUACAGCAGGCUUACCAGUCAAAGUUGUGGUGGAUGUUUUAAGACAAGCUUCUAAGGCUUGUGUUGUAAAACGUGAAUUUAAGAAGGCAGAACAGUUAAUUAAACAUGCAGUGUAUUUGGCACGAGAUCAUUUUGGAUCCAAACACCCAAAAUAUUCUGAUACACUGCUAGAUUAUGGGUUCUACUUACUCAAUGUAGACAAUAUCUGUCAGUCUGUUGCAAUUUAUCAGGCAGCCCUUGACAUUCGGCAGUCAGUAUUUGGUGGCAAAAAUAUCCAUGUAGCAACAGCUCAUGAAGACUUGGCUUAUUCCUCUUACGUUCACCAGUAUAGCUCUGGGAAAUUUGACAAUGCACUAUUUCAUGCAGAAAGAGCUAUUGGUAUCAUUACCCACAUCCUACCUGAAGAUCAUCUUCUUUUGGCUUCUUCAAAGAGGGUGAAAGCACUUAUUUUAGAGGAGAUUGCAAUUGACUGUCAUAAUAAAGAAACUGAACAGAGGCUGCUUCAAGAAGCUCAUGAUUUGCACCUGUCUUCACUCCAACUAGCUAAAAAAGCUUUUGGGGAAUUUAAUGUACAGACUGCAAAACACUAUGGAAACCUUGGAAGACUUUAUCAGUCAAUGAGAAAAUUUAAGGAAGCUGAAGAAAUGCACAUCAAAGCAAUUCAGAUUAAAGAGCAACUUCUUGGUCAAGAAGAUUAUGAAGUAGCACUUUCAGUGGGACAUCUAGCUUCUUUAUAUAAUUAUGACAUGAAUCAGUAUGAAAAUGCUGAGAAACUUUAUUUGCGAUCUAUAGCAAUUGGGAAGAAACUUUUUGGUGAAGGCUACAGUGGACUAGAAUAUGAUUACCGAGGUCUCAUUAAACUUUACAACUCCAUUGGAAACUAUGAGAAAGUGUUCGAAUAUCACAAUGUUCUGUCUAACUGGAACCGGUUGCGAGAUCGGCAGUAUUCAGUGACCGAUGCUCUUGAAGACGUCAACACCAGCCCCCAGUCCACUGAAGAAGUGGUGCAGUCCUUCCUCAUUUCUCAGAAUGUCGAGGGACCCAGCUGCUGAGGGAGGACCUCAGUUAACUAAUUUACCUUUUCCCAGAUUCCAGGGAAUUCAUACUGUGAAAUCAAAACCAUGUUGUUUUUUGGGGGCUGGAAUUUGCAUUGAAACACUGGUCCAGUCCAUUGACCCUAUUUGGGUGAUCCCUAUCUUGCAGAGUGUCUGUAGGAAUAAGCAUAUAUUCAGUUAUAUUCAGCAUGUACCCGCAUGUUUAAGUAGUCUGGCCCAUAUUUUCAACCUAGUAGAACAAACUCCAGGAAAUCUUUCUUUUUUUUCUUUUUAAAAAAUAAUUCAUUUUGCAGAAAGCCCGAAGGAAAAAGAACCCCUAAAUAAAACUAUUUGAGUUUAAAAGAGUUGCAUUCUUAUUAUGUAAGGAUGAUUUUAACAACUUUUUAACAUAUAAUUCUUCCUUGUGAAGGUAUUCAAUACUGUAUUGUAGAGAAAUUUUAUGGGGAAAAUCUUUAUAUGCAGUAUGGAAAAGUUAACACAAGUACUAGUAGAAGAGGGACAUCCUGACUUAGGUUUGGCUCCCUUCCCCAGAGAAGUGAUGCAAGCACGCCAGAGCUCUGUUACGGGGAAGGACUGCCAGACUCAUCUGAACUGGACCAGUGUUGAUCUGUAAGUAAUAGAAAAGCUGGUAGACCAGCAAUUUUAACUCUUUGGUUGUUUUGGGUUUUUUUUUUUGCGGGGUGGGGGGGUUUGGUACAACAAUGCAAGAUGCUCUGAUAGCAUUUGCUAACAGGACCAGGAAGAUCUAAAAAGGACCAGCCUAAUGUAGAAAGGGGUUAUUUGGACCAGAGGCUUUAGAUUAUUAUUUUAGCCCCAGAAUAUACUUUUAUCAGUAGAAUGAUUUCAUUUAGAUGUAUAAUGAAAAGUGAUAAUGUAAAAAUUAUAUUCAUGUCAUAGACACCAAACUAGAGAAAUCUGGCAAUUUCAGUGGCAUAUCUUUAGUCAAGGGACACAGAUGGCAAUGCCAUAAGCAAGUCUAUAAAUAUCUGCUGCUGCUGUCCCCCUUGUUUUAAAUGUUACCCUAAUAAUCAACGCGAUUAACAAAUGCAUUAGCUAAGAGUCGUGAAAUAGCUCAUGUCUGGAUGGGAAUUUUAGGUUACUAUAUGUUUUUGUGGGGAUUAAUGGAAAAAUGAAUGCCCAAAAAUAAGCAAGUCUUCUUAGAAAUCCUUCAUUUUUAUGGUAAAUAAUAGUAUAACUACAUCAUUUUAUUUCAAAUUCAAGAGUCAGAUGGGAAAGAUCCCCGAAUGAUGGAUCUAUUUCACUGAGUUGUCUUUCUGUUCAUUGGGUUUUUAUUUUUUAUUUUUUUUUAAGCCAGUCAGGUUAUUUAAUGUUGAGGUAAUAUUCAAAUUUGAAAAGUUGUGACAUGUAGCAAUCCAAGAAAACAGAAAGGUCUUUUGCUGUUACCUCAAUUCUUAUUAUAGUGGCCUAUUUGGUGCCUCUGUAGUUAAGAAUCAGGGUUUCCCCCCCUAUUUUCAGGGGUCCAUGACUUGGCUGUUAGAGGUGUCGCUCCUGGCUGAUGCUUGGAGUAGUCUGUGGGUGAGUGGAUGUGUGUUGAAUUUUGGUUUUCUUUUAACAUGCGCAUUGGGGGGGGAGGGGGAAAAGAAUCUAAACUGUCUGCCACAUUGAAUACAGAAAAAUUAAUUGGAGAUUUCAGAUAAAUUUGAUUUUAAUCACUUUUUUGAACUUCCCAAAUAUAACCUUGUUUAAGAUUGUUAUUUGCAGUCUUGUUAGUUAUGAGCCAGUGUUUUUAAGUUCCCAGGAAGGGAUUGACUGGGGGAGGUACCCAAAAAGAUGAAGCAAGCCCAGAUCCUAAGAUUAUAACUUUGUGUUCUCGAAACCUGGGUUUAUUCCUCAAAUUGAAUUAUUCUCUUUUUAAUUUUGAAAAGAGUACAUUUGCGCAACUGCACCUCCCCCUUCCAGAUAAUUGUAAUCUAAUGCCAAGAGGCACCUCUUUAUUUAAUUACCAAAUAGUCUGUGUGACCAAGGACUAACAUUUUUAAGUUACUCAGCUCUAUCCUCGUGGGCCUAUAUAUUUAAUACCUCCAAAGAUAUUUUCAGGAUAGGCUUUGUAUACUUUUGUUGGUUAUUUAGAGUCCUGUGGUAUGUUUGUGGUACAGGAAUGUCAUGGUAAAUUGUUUUUCAAUAAAUAUUUUGAAACUUAUGUUUUCAUAUGAAGUUUUUUUCUUUUAAGCAAUCUGUAUUUUUUAGUUUUGUGCACAUUUAGUGUUUCCUAGGAUAAAAUCAAGCAAAUGACUCAAGGCCUCAUCCUCUCUAAUGCAGUUUGAACUCAGUUUAGCUCACAUUCAGUGAUGGAGCAACAUGAUACUGAGAAGCCUAGGAUCACAGGGUGAAACGUUAAGUGGCAGCCAGUUUUUCUAAAAAAACAUCCUUAUAGGUAGUUUUCCUCUUAUUACCACUGCUUUAAUGUAGUUUUCUGUAAAUCCAUACACUUUGAUUUAAUGCAAACACUCUGGGUUGAGAAGAGAUUGCCAGUUUCUGUUAGUGAUGUAACUUAAUGUGCUCUUAUUUCUGAUUCUAAUGAAGACUAAGACCCUAAUAAUUUUGAGUAUGGGAUUUACCCUUUUAGUAGGGAUGUUUAGGGUAAGUUAGAGAGGUGAAUGUCACCAUGAUUUAUGGGAUUAAACAAGAACUCAAAGGAAGAAAAGAAUAAAAUUUACCUCACGAUAACCAAUAGCUUGCACAAACUUUUCAUAUAUUGUUGGGAUUGUGUUUAAGGAAGCCUAGACCAACUUAAAGAUUUUUCCGGAAGUUCAGUAAAGUAAUGUUAAAUAAGGGGCCUUUGGUCUCAUCCUUCCCUGACUUUCAUUUCUUCUCUCUUACCCAGUCUUUUUCCUAAAGUUUGGUGCUACUCAAGUUGGUGCAUCAGGGAGCUCAGACACUUAACGUGCCACACGAGUGGUCAGUCCCUCCUGCAUUCAGUUUAAUAGAGCUGAUUGGGGUUUUUAGACCAUAAUUUUUAUGGGUCCCCAAAGCUGACUUUGCCCAAAGCAUUAGGACCCUUAUUACCCUCAAAGCUCUGUCUCUGCUUGAUGAGAAGUGAACUCACCUUUGCUUUGUGCUAACGCCCGCGUGGGUACGCUUUCAUUGGUGAAAAUAAAAGAUUUGACAAAGACCUUUGUUCCUAGCCUGUUUGGGACGAGUUCAUAAUAUUGUGAAACUUAACUACAGAGGCUGGAAUCUUAGAAAUGAGGGAGUGCCGUUUGGCUGCUCGUUGUAGUGCAAACACAGUGCCGAGCAGUAAACCCACUCCUCGAACCCAGUGGAAGGUCUUGGCCGUACUCUACACAGCGAAUGUGUGGCUUGCUAAGUAGCAGGUAUUGUUAACUGCCGCUCGGUUUUUAUAUUUUCCCCCGAGUUUGUAGCCUUGCUGCUUUCAAACUCUUCUUUUUCUGAAUGGCAAAGUUACUACUGGAAAAAUACUUAUUUAUACGUACAAACUUUUUUAAGGGUUUUAUUUUUGCUUUAAAACUUAAUGUAUGUAUUUCACCUCUUGGCACUGAAGCACCUCAGUUCUUGCUAGGAAGUUCUUUUUUUUAAAUCUGACAUUUGGAUUAAUCUCCAGCUUGAACCCUAGUAGUUGUAUUGUCCACAAAUCUCAGGAAUGUUUUAGGCAGAAAACUGGUUUUACCCUGUUGGUGAGCUGAAGAAGUGUGCUUUAGGAUUUAUUAAAUAAAACUGUUCUUUAAUUGCAAUCCUAGGUAUCUAUAGCAUGAGUGGCCUUAGUGAGUUUGUUGAAGUGCACAUUUUUUUCAAAAGUAAAAUUUAAUAUUAAAAAUAUAUGAUAUAUAUAGAUAUCUAGAAACCUUGGUUUGUGGUGCACAAGUUAAGUGUUGGAUCACUAAAUAACUGUUGCAGGUACCAUUUGUGUAACAUGACUCAUUUCUAUAUACUCCUUUUAUGGGAAGCUAUGUUGCCAUGGUAACUAAAACUUUUCAAUUUAGUUCUACUUUUAUGAUGUGAAUGAAUGCUACAUUUUAUUAAAUAUUACCAAGUCAGUACUAUUUUUGUACUUUAUUAAGCAACAGGGGAUUUUAGUUUAAUAGACUCAGAAAGCUCUUAAUGAAACAAUUAAAAGCAAAUCACUAACAAUUCUUUACAUGAAAAUCCCCACUAAUAGUGCCACAGUAAUUUCUAUAGAAAUAUCUAAGAUCAUUGAUAGAUUUUUUAAGACAAUUCUUCAUUGUGUCACAAUGACCUUUCAUAUCAUCCUUAUCACAAACUUGUAGUGCCCACCAUUGUUUGUAACCGUUAAACCAUACUAAGUAUGUUUGUAACCAGCAUUGUGAUAUAUUCUGUACUUGUAUUGCUAAAAAUGAAUUGUUGACCUAAUAAAUAUAGUGUUCCUGCA